AUGGGGAUCCACAACCCUCUUCCGUCGUCUAUGGCGUCGGAAUGCAAGAAGUGCGGCAAGAUUCUAGCAUCCUUCGUUGAUCCACGCCAGGCCUUUGGCCCAGACAAGAUUAUUCCUCCUCAAAUCCUCGCAAACGCAAAGGGACUUGCGAUCCUGACCGUGAUCAAAGCCGGCUUCCUCGGCUCUGCACGAUACGGCAAUGGUGUCGUCGUCGCCCGCCUCUCGGACGGUUCCUGGAGCGCGCCUUCAGCAAUCGGCACCGGGGGCGCUGGCUUCGGCGGCCAGAUCGGCUUCGAGCUCACAGAUUUCGUUUUCAUCCUCAAUGAUGCCGCCGCCGUGCGGACCUUCUCUCAACAGGGGUCCAUCACACUCGGUGGGAAUGUUUCAAUAGCAGCUGGGCCUGUAGGACGGAAUGCCGAGGCCGCAGGAGCUGCGAGCAUGAAGGGCGUGGCGGGAAUAUUCUCUUACAGUAAGACAAAGGGCUUGUUUGCGGGUGUCAGUUUGGAGGGUUCGGCGAUCAUUGAGAGAAGAGAUGCGAACGAGAAACUCUACGGCCAACGCUAUACUGCGACCCAGCUCCUGACUGGUUCUGUGCGUCCCCCGCCAGCAGCACAACCGCUCAUGAACGUCCUGAACACGCGGAUCUUUGCUGGUAGCUCCGCGGGCGAUGAUGCGAUUUACAACGAUAUCCCUGUGUAUGACGACAGACAUGAUGAUGUGGUAUGGGAGGGACGGAGAGGAAGUGCGUACGGUGAAGGCGUAAGGAGGGAUCGCACAGGCAGCGUCAAUUCUGGGCAGGGGAACGCAUCAGAUUACAUAUACAGCGACAAGCCUAAACGUGCGAGUACGUGGGCAGACGACAUCUACGAUCGACCUACAGGAAGCGUGGCCCGGGCGAACAGUGGGCGAGGUCGUGGUUUCGACGAUGAUUAUGUGUACUCGGAUUCGCCAACCAGUCCAGUUAGUCCGAGUGGGAAAAUUGGACCUGGUAGACCUGCGGCGCCGAAACCACUGUUCCAGGGGAAGACAGGCAAUUUGAGAGACAAUGAGGCGAUCGCGCUGUUUACGUUCGACGGGGAGCAGCCGGGGGAUUUGGGGUUUAAGAAGGGUGAUGUGAUUACGGUGACGAAAAAGACUGAUAGUACGAAUGAUUGGUGGACGGGCAUAAUCGGCACCCGAACCGGCAUAUUCCCUGCCAACUAUGUGAAAAUGACCUAG